AUGGCUUCCACAACACAGGAAACCCCAGUGUCCCGCAGGCUGAAACACAUCAAACACAUCAUCAUCGUCUGUUCCGGCAAGGGCGGCGUCGGCAAAUCGUCCGUUUCGACCCAACUCGCACUAUCGCUCCGCGCCUCUUCUCCGACUGCCCGCGUCGGAGUUCUCGACGUCGACCUGACUGGCCCUUCGAUACCGCGGAUGUUAGGUCUCGACGGGCACGGGGUGCAUCAGAGCAGCGACGGCUGGGUUCCCGUGUACUCGGACGGUGCAGAAGCGAGGUUAGCGUGCAUGAGCGUCGGGUUUCUGCUGAAGAAGAAGGAAGACUCGGUGGUGUGGCGAGGGCCGAAGAAGAAUGCGAUGAUAAGGCAGUUUCUGAGCGAUGUGAGGUGGGGAGAACUAGACUACUUGGUGAUAGAUACGCCUCCAGGGACAUCUGAUGAGCAUCUCUCGCUACUGGAACACAUGGCCCCCGUGCACGACCGACUGUCGGCCGUCAUCGUCACAACACCUCAAGCGGUCGCGCUAAUGGACGCGAUGAAAUGUCUCUCGUUCGCACGCACCGUCGAGCUGCCCGUGCUCGGGAUCAUCGAGAAUAUGAGUGGAUAUGUGUGUCCGUGUUGUGGCGAGAUCAGCAACGUCUUCUCGACGGGAGGAGGGGAGGAGAUGGCGAGGCGAGAAGGAUUACCGUUCUUGGGAAGCUUACCAGUCGACACGGAGCUCGUAACACUGCUGGACGCCGCCGCGCCCGUAGCAGAGGAGCAAGAGAGCGAGGGAGCCGGCACCGAGCGAGAUGGAUUGAGCCAGCCGAGCGAGCGAGCGUUCGCGCUUCUAGAGCGAUAUGAGAAGACGUCGUCAGCGAAGUUGUUCAAGAAUAUCGUGCAAGCAGUGCUCGAGAAGUUGCCAGAGCGAGAGGACGGACGUGACGGUGGUGGCGGCGGUGGCGGUCAGUAG